UUCCCACCACCAUCUACAAUCUGAAAGGGAAAUUGAAGAUCUAAGACUAACAAAAACAAAUGUACUCUUCUUCCCAUCAACGCAUGCUCCACACAAGCUCCAAAAGCAUCAUCACUUGGUUGAUUCUAAUCACCAUUGUACUCUACACCCUUUAUUCUUCGAACAUUAUCCUCUUCAACAAUGACCAACAAGAUUGUUCCAUUUCCACCGCCAACUUAAACGAGGCCAUCCAAGAAAACCUUCAGGUAAGUAGUACUUACAACAACACAUCCUCAAAGACUAUAGCCACCGAUGAUGAAAGUGUUGAAAAGAAAAAAUCAUUAGUAGAGAAACGACCAAGACCAAGAGAGGAUGAAGACGAUGAGGACGAAGGAGAAGAAAAAAACAAAGAAGAAGAAGAAAACAAAUCUCCCGUGGUAGUUAGAUUAACACCCAAGCAAAUGUCUGAGAGACAAGACACUGAGCUAAAGCAUGUUGUUUUUGGGAUAGCUGGUUCAUCGAACCUAUGGCACAUUAGAAAAGAGUACAUUAAGAUAUGGUGGAGGCCUAAGAAAACUAGAGGGGUAGUGUGGUUGGAUCAAAAAGUGAGGACUCAAAGCAACGAAGGGUUACCCGAUAUUCAUAUCUCGGGGGACACUUCAAAGUUUAGGUAUACUAAUCGUCAAGGGCAAAGAUCCGCGUUAAGGAUAUCAAGGGUUGUGACAGAGACAUUGAAGCUUGGGAUGAAAGAUGUGAGAUGGUUCGUGAUGGGGGAUGAUGACACAGUGUUUAUGGUUGAUAAUGUGGUUAGAAUUCUUUCCAAAUAUGACCAUAGACACUUUUAUUAUAUUGGAAGCUCAUCCGAAAGCCAUGUUCAAAACAUUCAUUUCUCAUAUGCCAUGGCAUAUGGUGGAGGAGGAUUUGCCAUAAGCUACCCUUUGGCCCAGGAACUUGCAAAGAUGCAAGAUCGUUGCAUUCAGCGGUACCCUGCUUUGUAUGGUAGUGAUGAUAGAAUUCAAGCUUGCAUGGCUGAGCUUGGGGUGCCACUCACUAGAGAACCCGGCUUUCACCAGUAUGAUGUAUAUGGAGACCUACUAGGCCUUCUAGGGGCACAUCCAGUGUCUCCACUUGUGUCACUUCACCACCUUGAUGUAGUGCAACCAAUAUUCCCAAGGAUGACAAGAGUAAGAGCCCUGCGACACCUAAUGGAGUCUGUGAAUCAGGACUCAGGCAGCAUAAUGCAACAAUCAAUAUGCUACGACAAACACAGUUUUUGGUCAAUAUCUGUUUCAUGGGGCUACGUAGUUCAAAUCUUGAGGGGGGUGUUGUCCCCUAGAGAAUUGGAGAUGCCAUCAAGAACCUUUCUUAAUUGGUACAGAAGAGCUGAUUACACUGCAUAUGCAUUCAACACAAGACCUGUUGCUAAACACCCUUGUCAGAAGCCCUUUGUUUACUAUAUGAACAAUACUCAUUAUGACUCCACCACAAAACAAGUUGUUGGUGUUUACUCUCGUGACAAAUCCAAAUCCCCUUUCUGUCGGUGGAGAAUGAAUUCACCAGAGAAAAUCACCUCUGUUGUAGUUACAAAAAAACCAGAUCCAUUGCGCUGGAAAAAGUCACCGAGGAGGGAUUGUUGUAGACUAUUGUCAUCACGUAAGAGCGCAAAUACUCUAUACAUAUGGGUGGGUAAUUGUCAAGAGGGUGAAGUUACUGAAUUAUAGCAUGUGAACCCUCACAUAUUGUUUUGUCUUCGAUCACUGUUUGACAUUGUUGUUUCUAAAUAUACUUCAAGAUAGAUAGAAAUAAAUGAGUAAAGAGGAUGGAAAUUAGACUUCGAAUUAUAUUAAUUUCCAAAUUUUAGUCUC